AUGUUCCCCGCUUACAUGCACAGCCGCAGCCAAGCUCCCCCUUCUUACCCCCUCCCCUGGGACGACGUAUCACGGCCCGCCACGUGGCCCGCUCCAGCGAGCGCAGGUCCAAACGGCGUGGGCGGAAGGGGGAUUCGCGCGGCGGGGAGGGAGGGGGCGGAGACGGGGAGCGCCGGGAUGGGGGGAGGAAUGGGGGGAGGGAUGGGGGGAACGAUGGGGGGGGCGAUGGGGGGAGCGAUGGGGGGAGGCAUGGGGGCGAUGGCGGGGGCGAUGGGGAUGGAUGCGGGGGCGCGCGGAGGGGCGGACUACUCGAUGAGCGACCCCAUCUGGGCGGCCAUCCGCGCGGAAGCCAGGCUUGAGGCUGAGAGGGAGCCGAUUUUGAGCAGUUUUCUGUACGCGUCCAUCCUCGCGCAUUCCUGCUUUGAGCGAUCGUUGGGAUUCGUGCUCGCCAACCGCCUGCAGAACGUGACUCUGCUGGCGACGCAGCUGAUGGACGUGUUUGACUCCGUGCUCAUGCUGCCCAAUAUCAGAGCGGCUAUCAGGGCGGACGUGCAGGCUGUGCGGGACAGAGAUCCCUCCUGCCGCUCCUACUCCAACGCCCUGCUCUAUUACAAGGGUUAUCACGCUCUGCAGUCGUACCGCAUCGCCCACGCCUUGUGGAACCGAGGCCAGCGCAUCCUGGCACUCGCCCUGCAGUCGCGCAUCUCCGAGGUGUUUGCAGUGGACAUUCACCCAGCAGCGCGCAUUGGGAGAGGCAUUCUCAUGGACCAUGGCACGGGGGUGGUGAUUGGCGAGACGGCGAUCGUGGGGGAUAGGGUGUCGCUGCUGCAGGGCGUGACCCUAGGAGGCACGGGCAAAGAGGCGGGCGACAGGCAUCCUAAAGUCCAGGAGGACGUGCUGAUCGGAGCAGGGGCGACCGUGCUGGGCAAUAUCAGCAUCGGGCAGGGCUCCAUGAUCGCUGCUGGGUCACUGGUGCUCAAAGACGUUCCUCCCCACAGCAUGGUGGCAGGAACACCAGCCAAGGUGGUUGGGAUGCUCUCAGAACCCAAGCCUGCAUUGACCAUGCAACAUGAUGUCACGAGGCAGUACUGUGAAGAGCUAAUGGAUGAUACCAUUGUGCGACUUGGUGCCCCCUUCUCCCUAGCCGAAAUUGGGAAGGCAAUACUCUCUCUGUCCCGAGGAAAAGCCCCCGGCCCAGACGGCCUGCCCGGGGAGCUCUUUCGGCAGUUCGCCCCACGAUUCGCACCGGUCUUCCACUCCCUGCUCUCCCCUCCACAACCUCUCUUGCGCCUACCCCCGUCUAUGCUGACCGGACGCACUGUCCUCAUCCCCAAACGGGGCGAUUCCUCGCUCGUAGAAAAUCUUCGCCCCAUCACCCUCAUGAACGCGGACUACAAAGUACUCGCGCUGUGCCUUGCCAACCGCCUCCAGCUAGUUCUCCCCCAACUCAUCCAUCCAUCCCAAACCGCCUUCAUCAAACACCGGAAAAUCGGGGACACAAUCAACGAUACCCUAGAUAUCAUGGAUUGGGCAGCAUUCUCAUCUAGCCCUCUCCUCGCGCUUACGGUCGACUUCCGAAAAGCCUACGACCUAGUCGACCGACCCUUUCUCCUGCAAGCCUUAGCGGUCCUGGGAAUUCCAGCUCCCUUCAUACACUGGGUACGACUAAUGCACUCCGACACCACCACACGAAUCUCCGUCAACAACAUGCUAGGCCCCACCUUCCCUGUUCGCACGGGCGUCCGACAGGGUUGUCCUCUGGCACCUCUGCUUUUCGUGUGUGUCAUAGAGAUCUUCCACCGAUACAUGUCCCUCUUCCUCCCCGGCUUCGCGCUAUCUCCUGUCCAGCGCCGACUUAUGGUGUGCUACGCGGACGAUGUCACUCUUUUCCUCACCUCUGACACAUCGGUCUCGCAGUGA